CACAGGCAGCUCUGGCAGCUCCUGUGUUGGCAUUCAGGUUUCCUCCAGCUCCAGCAAUGGAUCAGUGCUGGUACCACGGCAACAUCACUCGCUCUAGAGCUGAAGACCUGCUCUCCAAAGUAGGCAAGGACGGCAGCUUCCUUGUGCGGGCCAGUGAGUCAAUUGCUUCAGCAUAUGCACUCUGCGUGCUGUACCGGAAUUGUGUUUAUACCUACCGAAUUCUGCCCGAUAAAGAAAAUAAACUAAUUGUCCAGGCAUCAGAGGGUGUUCCUGUGAGGUAUUUUCAGAACCUGGAGGAACUGAUAGAGUAUUACAAGAAGGAGAACAUGGGUCUGGUAUGGCACCUCAAAUAUCCAGUGCCGCGGGAAGAGGAGGAGGCUGCUGAUGAACUGGAGGAGGACACUGAUCUGGUACCCACACCUCCUGUCCUGCCCCCACGCAACAUCCUCAUGGCACUGCCGAGCAGUGAGACAAAGGAGGUCUCUUCUCUCCCCGAAAACUCACGGGCAGCAGACGUGAAUAAACUGUCCCUUUCUGAGACAUUACUCCAGCGACUGCAGUACCAGGACACAAGCAGUGUCUCUGACGAGCAUCUUAAACUCAUCCAGGAUUACCUGCGAGUUCACAUCAUCAGUGACUUUGAGAUGGUGCAGACUGGCUCAAACAAUCUUCCUCAACUGAAGAAAUUACUUACAGCUCUUUGCAAAGGACUCUUCAGUGAGGCCUCAAGGACUCUCCCAUCUCUGGAGUCCAUCCAGAAGGUGUUUGAGCAGCAGCUGCAUCCCGGUGCCCACCAGCGCUCCCAGAUGCUUGGUGAAGCAAGUCCAGUCAAUAUUGUAUUGAAACUCAAUCAGCUGAUUUCUUUGCUGUCUUCUAUUGAAGAAAAGGUGAAAACACUGUUGAUUGAAGGUCCUGAUUCAACACACCGGCGCUCUCUUAUCCCCCCAGUCACUUUUGAGGUGAAAACUGACUCCCUAGGAAUUUUCUCAAAAAUGCAACUCAAAGUGGAUGUGGAAAUGGGAAAGCUGAUUAUCAAGAGAUCUAAGGAUGGUCCAGAAGACAAGUUUUAUACCCACAAGAAAAUCUUGCAGCUCAUCAAGUCCCAGAAGGUUCCAAACAAGCUGGUUAUUGUUCUGGAAACAGAAAAAGAAAAAACACAGCGGAAGGAAUAUAUUUUUUCUGAUUCCAAGAAGAGAGAAGGGUUCUGCCAGCUUUUGCAGCAGAUGAAGAAUAAACACUCGGAGCAACCAGAGCCUGAUAUGAUUACCAUCUUCAUUGGCACCUGGAAUAUGGGUGCAGCCCCAGCCCCAAAGAAGAUCACCUCCUGGUUCCUCUCCAAGGGGCAGGGGAGGACCCGUGACGACACUGCUGACUACAUCCCUCACGACAUCUAUGUGAUUGGCACCCAGGAGGAUCCCCAGGGGGAGAAGGAAUGGCUGGAGACCCUAAGGCAAUCUCUGCAGGAGAUCACCAGUAUCAGCUUCAAAGUGAUAGCCAUCCAUACCCUCUGGAACAUCAGGAUCGUUGUCCUGGCCAAGCCAGAACAUGAGAACCGCAUCAGCCACAUCUGCACAGCCAAUGUGAAGACAGGCAUCGCAAACACGCUGGGUAAUAAAGGAGCAGUGGGGGUGUCAUUCAUGUUUAAUGGAACCUCCUUUGGGUUUGUUAACAGCCAUUUGACUUCAGGAAGUGAAAAGAAACACAGACGCAACCAGAACUACACGAACAUCCUGCGCUUCCUGACACUGGGAGAUAAGAAACUGAGUCCAUUUAACAUCACUCAUCGCUUUACUCAUCUUUUCUGGCUGGGAGACUUGAACUACCGUGUGGAACAGCCCCCGACGGAAGCAGAGAAUAUUAUCCAGAAGAUCAGGCAGCAGCAGUAUCCGGAGCUGCUGGCUUUCGACCAGCUUCUCCUCGAGAGAAGAGACCAAAAGGUGUUCCUGCAGUUCGAGGAAGAGGAGAUUACUUUUGCUCCAACCUACCGCUUUGAGAGAGGCACCCGGGAGAAGUAUGUUUACACCAAGCAAAAAGCUACAGGGAUGAAGUACAACUUGCCAUCCUGGUGUGAUCGAGUGCUCUGGAAAUCCUACCCCAUGGUGCACGUUGUGUGUCAGUCCUAUGGCUGCACCACUGACAUCAUGACAAGUGACCACAGUCCUGUGUUUGCCACCUUUGAAGUGGGAGUCACCUCACAGUUUGUUUCCAAGAACGACUCCAAAUACACAGAUUCCCAAGGGGAGAUAGAGUUCCUGCACUGCUACGCUACUCUGAAGACCAAGUCCCAGACCAAGUUCUACAUUGAGUUUCAUUCUAGCUGCUUAGAAAGCUUUGUAAAGAGCCAGGAAGGAGAAAAUGAGGAUGGAAAUGAAGGGGAGCUUGUGGUAAAGUUUGUCGAGGCACUUCCAAAGAUGACACAAAAUAUUUCAGUGCUUUGUUUCUCAGUCCCAGCCUCAUUGUCUCCCUGUUGUCCUUUAGGGGAAGGCUGCAUUGCCUUGCGAAUAGAAGCAACAGAAUCCUUAGCUCCAAUCCAUACUGUGCUCACACACCAUGGAGAGAAAACGGGGAUCUUCCAAGGUGAAAUCAAGUUACAAACGUCACAAGGAAAACAGAGAGAGAAGCUGUAUGAUUUUGUCAAGAUUGAACGUGAUGAAAUCACUGGUCAGAAACCAAAAAACAUCAGCAAUUUAGAGCCUAACAAAGACUGGGAUCCAGCUAACAGAAAGUCAAAAUCUACUCAUCUGAUGGCCAGAGAGGCAGCAGCCAUCGCUCGCUACUGGGGGAGUGCUGUCUCUUCUCCAGACAGCCCGGGAAAGGAGGAUAUUUUACGCUCCACCACCACAGACAUCAGCAACCCCAACUACCUGGGCAUGGCUUCCUUCUCUCAGCAGCCCUCUGCAACCUGCCAGCUUAAGCAGACAUCUUCAUCAGAGCAGCCACCUUCCCUCUGGAACUAUGAGCAGCAGUCCAAAGAGAACACCUCCCUAAUGGGGCAGAGUCACUCAUCCUCCACAUCACCCUCCUUGUCACCUCUAUCUCCAAAACCAUCCCUCCAGCCUACAGCAAACAGAAGCAUUUGUAAUUGGAAUCAAGAGUACCAGCUGCCUGACAUGGGGAAAUCCACAGCCGAGCCUGUGCUGCAGGAGGAGGGGCAGCAAAGGCCAGAGAUGUUUGAGAACCCACUGUAUGGCUCCAUGGGCUCCAAGGGCAAGGUGGCCCCCAAGAAAGAGCAGGAAUAUCCCAAGGCCUUGUGGAAAGAGCAGCCGCCACUGCCUGAGCAGAGCUGUCAUCUCACAAAGCCACAGGAGCCUGAGUGCAGCAAGACCUUUGGCAAACAGCCAUCACCACCUUUCCUGGUGCCCACACAGCGAUUCCGGUCCUACACUUCAUCCUACCAACUGGAAGAAAAGAAUACAGGGGAAAAGAACCAAGGCAAACCAAAGAUGACAACACCAUUGGAAAACUCGGCACCGCUCAAAAAACUCAUGAAGCCAUCAAGGGCUGAAGUCAGCCUGAGCAUCCAGGGACAGCAGAACAAGCCACCCCUGCCCUCCAAGAGCCGGGCAGUGCUGGACAUGCAGAACUCCAAGGGCCGUGACUAUCGGGACAGUUCAGAGCUGCCGCACUCUGGGAAGCACCGGAUGGAGGAGGGCCCAGUCAGCAGGACAACUACACCGGUGCGUUACUCGGGGGAAUGA